AAUUUUUUUCGUUCGACACUGAGACAUCCCCUAAUUCUGUCGAUAUGAGGGAACCUACGACCUGCUUUGUAGCGGAGCGACUCAAUUCGACGACAUUCAAAAUCGUUGAGGAGGAUCAAUAUCUCGAGUAUCCCCAGGUAUUUGUCAAAAUCUUGGAUGAAACGCUGGUCAUUGUGGACACGGGAUGUGGAGGUGCGGCGAAAGGUCCGGAUGUGGCCUUGACCUCUCUACGAGAAUAUCUGGAGACCGUUCCCCUCGCGGAUAAUGGAAAGGAGCUGUUGAACCCGGGUGCAAGGCUGAGUUAUACAGUAGUGUGCACGCACUGUCACUUCGACCAUAUCGGUACCUCUCUCUUAAGCAUUGAGGAUGGAGUCUGGGGGGUUGAACAAUUCGGUGAUCAUCCCAAAUCGUUAAUCUGCGCCAGUUCCUACGACCGCUCGUUUCUUUCUCCUGCGAAUCUAUCUAGGAACUCACUAUGCGAGAACAUUGGAAUCAGGACACCAUUGUAUAAGGUGUCGCAUUGGCUAGGCGACGGCCAAUUCCUCCAGCACAAUUCCCACUCCCUUCCGCUGCAGGUGUUCCAUACUCCAGGUCACACGCCAGACGAACUGGCGGCCUGGGAUCCGGACGAGCGCGUGCUGUUCAUCGGUGACUCAUUCUAUGAAUGGGUUCCGAUUAUCUUCCCCUCGCAUGGGAAUAUGAUCCGCUUCAGUGACUCCAUCGGUAAGAUGAAGCAGCUCAUUGCGGGGUGGAAUGCAGAUGAGUCGAGCUCCCGGGUCAAAAUCGCAUGCGGACAUGUUACUUACUGCGCGGACGGAGAGGCGAUACUAAAUGACGUGGAUGAGUUCUUGUGGCUUGUGGUUACUGGCGCCGUAAAGCCGAAACAGUCGGAAGAGUCCAGAGGCGAGAUCUUUGACCUGUAUGAAGGAGACGGUGGGAAGUACUCGAUAAGGUGUCCUCGCAGAUUAGUGGUCGAUUUCCGUGCAGAUGAAGAGGCAAUGACGAAGCUGAAACGAAGAAAUGGUCUCAUUCUAUAA